UGAACUCUGUAAAGUACAUGUAAAAUCUCAGAUAGUGGUGACUGUGAAAAAUUCUCUGAAACUUCUGUUGUGAAAAUAAAGACUUCUAUGUUUUUUCCCUGGAAAAAGUACAAGAUCAGUUUUAAAGGUUGAUAUAUUUCCACAGUCUUUGCAUCUACAGUCUUCAAAGCAAACACUGUAGCACAGUAUGUUCAAACUUAUCUCAAACUUGUAACUCUCAGAGCUAUAGUGGAUAUUAUGUAAUGUCUGUUGGCACUACAGUUCAAGUACACAAUGAAAUCAAUGCUACCCUGUCUUUACUGGUUAGAGUACAUUCAGAGUUGGACCUUAUCCACCACAUAGCCAUAAACGAUGUAUAUGAUGUAGCACCAUUAUGGCAGUUCAGUUGGAGAAAUGUUAAUGCACAGUAUAUGCUGUAAAAACAAAGUAAUAUUAACAUAUUUUAAAUUCAUAUAACACAUUGGAUGCAAAAAUACUUAAUACUUUAAGUAUUCCUGUUGAAAUAAAAAUUCAAAUUGAUAUCCAAUAAACAUGACUAAGAAAUACCUGGGGAGGUUGGCUCACAUGUUACCCAAGACAACAAAACACAUCAAAAAAGAUAUUUUCAAUUCAAUUGUAAAGAUUGUAUUUUUUCCAUAGACUGUAUAUAGAAUACAGUAUAUACAGUCUAUGAUUUGUCCCUAAGGAGCAAUUAAAAAGGACACUGAGCAGUGGUAUGAAAAAGAAUUGAAGUUGCAUCAAAAGGGGAGCAUGGUUUGACAAUUUUUAACAACUGUAAGAAAAUAAAUAUACAACAGAGUUGAAAUGGAAGAGUAAAGUGAGUGUAAUCCACAAGGACAGCGAUACAACAGCUACUGAAUAGAAUUGAUACCAGAUGAGAAGAGUAAAGUGGUCAUAGUACAAGUAAAAUAUUGACACAAAUAGCAAAUAACCUGCUGUACAAACAUUGGCUUGUAGUGAAUGAAUAAAUAGAUAAAAGUGGUUAUAGUGCAUUUCGUCAUUUUUGAGUUACUUAAAACAUUGUUUGGGAUCCUCUGAGGAAAAGACCUUACAAUUGUUGUUCUAGACAACAUGUCAACAACUGGAUGGGGGGAUAUAGAAUUAAUUAAAGGACAUGCUGCCUGUACUUCUGCCCCCUCUGUAUCACAUAAUAUGUUGUCUAGCACCACCAUCAGGUCAUUUUUUAAACAUGUCCAAUACUUUGCUGUUCAUGAGCUAAAUAUCUACAAACAGCACACCCAGUCUGAGCUGUGGCUGCUUUGAUUAAGUGCGCUACAAAUUUUAGCGUCCAAACAUACUAGAGACUGUGGGAAAGAAAAUUCAGGGUGAAAAGGUGGUUUGAAGGUUUGAUUUAAUAUAAAAUAUCGUAUGAUCUUCCCCAGCAUUAAUUACAUUCUUGCUGGCCCUCUCUUUGACCUCAACAAACCCUUGAUAGUCUUCUCUUGAUAUCUUGAAAUAAUUUGAUCACCAUAACAUCAGGGUGAAGAUAAUGGAGCUUUUUGAGAAGCUUUGCUAUAAUUCUAUUAAACUAUAUGGGAGGGCGUCAUUUUCCUCGUCUGCUUCAUAACACACACAUAUAUUGUUCAAAUAUUCUUUCACUUUUCCUGAUAUAUCUUGAAUUUAUCUUAAGUUUUCUUCAUGUCAUUUUUGUCGUACUGCUUUUCAAAGGUGUGUCAUGGUUCUAUAUUUAUGUCUAUGUCAGAGUCUGACUGGACAAUAAUCUCAUUUUUUCCUGUAAUAGAAACUGUUUCUUUGAAACACCCACAAGACCUGAAUACAUGUUUCACUUCCACUUUGAUUUUUCACCCAUAUAUUUUAAAACAGCGUCAUCUGCUUUCUGCAGAUUUAAGUCAAGUUUAAUGGAGGGGUAAAAACGGUCGCAUAACCGGUCUGUGAAGACAGGAACCAGGAGUGAGUUCACAGGAAUGUUUCACCUGUGAACACAAUGACCUGGGGCAAGGGGUGUGGCCAUCCUGCUGAGAGCAUGCAGGGCGGGAGUAACUCUGUGUUAUUCCUCUUGUGACUUCCUGAAGUGAACACUGACCAAAUAUGUGGAGUCACAAACUCAGAUCAACCUGUAAUAUACUGAACCUUUGACACGCCGGACUAGGAAGUUUUAUCCUCCAGACAAGGUAAUACUCUGUUUACAAUGAGGGCAUGUUGUUAUUUGGAAUUGAUGAAUCUGUGAAGUUAAACCUAAGAAACAUGCUGAACAUGUUUCACUCAGUAAACAUGUACAAGGAGAGUUUAGUCCACCGGAUUGCUGCAGAUUUCAGUUUCAUUUAUAAUCCCCAUGUCAUUGGUUAGGAUUACUUAGGGGUGGAGCAAGAAACAGAUUUUCAGCCUGCAUAUUUCCUAAAUGGUACCAGACAUGUAGAUUAAUUUUUCCCACAACAAGCUCAACACCCUGAGAGGUAAGAGUGAAGCUGCUUCUCUACCUGACUUUGAUCCAAAGUAUGAAAGGAACUCAAGACAGGUUUCAAGGACAGUUCUCUCUGUGUUUGACAUUUUCUGUUUCAUGUACAUACGAUUUGAAGCAAAAUAAUUCAGACUGAUGUCCUUGUAUGUAACCUUCUGACUAUGAUCACUCUGCUUUCAGCCUUUUUGCUUGUGUCGGUGUGAAGGAUGUUCCUGUGGCAAUAUCUGUCUCUCCUCCUGUUGAUAACUGUUCAUGUAUGCAAAGGUAAACCCAAACCACACCACUCAAAAUGUAAAUUUAUGUAGACAUGUGCAUCCACACACAGACACUGUCAGUAAAUGUAGCAGCUGUAUUCUUGGAGAAAAAGCUUAGCCAAGCAGUAGUUGAGGAACUGCAAUUUUCGUGGGAAACUAACAGGACUAAGUAAACAGAGUUCAGUGUGGUUUGCUACAGCUCAUGACACUCCACAGACAGAUACAUGACUCUCAGCUGACAUUUACAUGCAGUCAUGCUGCUAUUAUGUAAUUAGAAAUAGUAUCUGUUGUGCAAUAAUUUAUCACACCUCUGAAAUGAAAGGUUUGAUGUCUCCCAUGGCAGCGGAAUAUCUUGUAAUGUGAGAUAAGACUUGUUGGUGAUACAGUGCGUGAUUAUAUUGUUGGGGAUGAACAAAUAUAUCAUUGAUUUCAUCUCUGUUAUUGUUUUUUUUCUUAAUUAUUCCGUGAUUCUGUCAAGAUCAAACAACUUUCAUCUGCUGAAUUAUCAGAUUUGUACUGAACAAGAAGCCACGCGCUCACAUCCUCCUCACACUAAGUCAAUGUUGUCUUACAUAUUCACUACACCUCCCAAAGGUUUCCUGAUAACAACUUGUCCCGAAACAUGACUGCUGCAUUUCUAAGGUCUUGUGAAGAGGAUAUGUUAGAGUGAUUUCCUGAUCAGAAUUGCCUCCAUCUUGUAUUUAGUUUUGAUGAUUUAAUUCGCAAUCUUCGACCAAACUUGUGCGUCAGUUUCACUCAUAAAUCUCAGUGUUGCUAAAUAAUCUGUUUUGCUAGUCAGACUUGUUCGUAAUGUGUUGUUAUUGUUGUGGGCGAAGCAGUGAUCGACACAGUUUUAGUGUAGUGUUGUUUUAAAUACUCCCGUGCUGACUCAUGCAGUGUAUGAGACUGAUGCAACAACAGAAACCUUUGGAGGUUUCUGUCUAGAUCCUCUAUCUAGAGUGAGUUUUGGACAGUCUGUGAUGUCUGAUUUUUUGUAAUUUCUCCAAUAAAUGUGGAAUCAUCUGCAAAUCUGGUUGUGGUUUUGAUGCCGUGAAUGGGAUUGCAGUCCCUGGUGAAAAGCAUGAAGAGGUGUGAGGUCCCAGUUUAUGGACUGAAGGUACAGGAAGAACCAUGAGCAACCACAAGUGAUAAACUAGGACACAGGUGUCUUAGUUUGCUGACUAGUUUUCAAAUAUUGACCCAACUUCCACAAAUUAUCCUCACAUGACAGUACACCAACUGCUGUAACUGUGUCCAUAAACUAAGCAGGGACUUUCCUUUGAAUUAAGUAUAACAAUAUAAAUCAUCACAUCAUCUUUUUGGUCAUCCUCUCCAAAGUCAACACUCUUCUGUAACUGUCUCCACCUUUUCCUCUUUUCAUCACCCCCAGCUCAAGACUGUGAUGAAUUCACGGAUCUAGAUCUUAGUCACGCCAUCAUUGGAACCAGCCUCAAGACCAGGCUGCUGCUGUACACGAGGGAAAAUGCCACCUGUGGUAAACUCCUGUCCCACACCAACCUCACCGCCAAUCCCAAGCUCAACCUGUCCAGACCCACCACCUUCGUUAUUCAUGGGUAUCGGCCAACGGGGUCUCCUCCAGCAUGGUUGGACAAAACCGUACAGCUGCUGCUAGAACGGGAAGACCUGAAUCUGAUAGUGGUGGACUGGAAUUAUGGGGCCGCUAAUGUGAACUAUUUUAAAGCGGUGGAAAACACACACAAAGCAGCUGACAACCUCACUGCCUUUAUUGAACUGAUGAGGGUAGGACAUGGACCCCUUACGUUCAUUUUCUCAUAUCUUAGGCUGUAUUGUGUAAAACAUGACUAAUGUCUUUCUCAUUCAGAAAGAAGGUGUCUCUCUGAGCUCCAUCCACAUGAUCGGGGUCAGCCUCGGGGCUCACAUAUCAGGAUUUGUAGGUGCCAACCUGAUGGGGGAUAUUGGAAGAAUUACAGGUAAGGGGCAGGUCACUGUAAGUAUCAAGAGUAUCUAAGAUCUCUGCUGGAAUAGACUUGAGUUUAAGAUAAUGUGUUAAAUGCCGUCAAUAAACCCACUUAUAUUUCUUCUGCCCUGCAUGUGAAAACACUGGCGUACUAUGAUAUCGAAAGUACAAAACAACUAUCUCAAAGUCUCUGUUUCCCUGUACUGCAAUAAUAAAACAGCACCACCUUUUAGCCUAUUUGAACCUUUCAGAGAGCUGCAAACACACAGUAAGGACACCUGAGGAGAAAAACAUGUUUAUUUAUGGAGUUUCAUGCAAAGUGAAAGAGCAUGUACUGAGUUAUACAACCUUAGGCAGGGGCACUUAUCUCCUGUGUCAGGUCAUAAACCGCACAGUUUCAGCCUAGAUGCUUAUCAAAGAGAUUUUAUUACAACUGUGACACUUGCAUUAACUUUUUACUUCUUAUAUUACUAACAGUAUGAGUAACUAUGACAGAGAGUUGUGAGGUUGUAAAAAAGCUUCAAUGAUCCCACUGCUGUAGAGGAGUGUCGAGGUCACUGACAGUAAAAGAUAGCAGAUCUUGAUAUUAGGGGUGCAUCUAUAUAAGGCAAGGGGGGUGGGCUGGGGUGGGCUGAUGUUGCUGGGAAUAAACUCAAAUCCUCUCUGAACUGUUUUGUGCAGCUCUGGAUCCUGCUGGGCCUCAGUUCACAGGCACUGGCCCCGAUGAACGCCUGGACUCCAAAGACGCCCAGUUUGUAGAUGUCCUGCACACAGACAUAGAUUGUCAGUUAAAUAAAAGAAUUCAUAUUUAUUUUAUGCCAAAGCAGACAGAUAAAAUAUGAAUUUUCCAUUGUCUUGUGCUGCCUUUGUUCACAGCUCUUGGCUUCAGGGAGCCCCUAGGUCACAUUGAUUUUUAUGCAAAUGGUGGGACGGAUCAGCCUGGCUGCCCCAAGACCAUCUUUUCUGGUAAAGAAUUUGAAAUGAUGAAAUACCUUUUUUUCUUUUAAAUAACUAUGGCUAAUAACUUUGAUUAUUGGUGUUUUCCUCCUCAUAGGUGGAUCCUAUUUUAAAUGUGAUCACCAGAGGUCAGUGUUGCUCUAUCUGGACUCGGUGAACCAGACCUGUACCAUCAAAGCUUUCCCUUGUGCUUCAUACAAAGACUUUCUAGAUGGGAACUGUCUGAGCUGUGAGCGCUUUGGUGCUGCUGGAUGCCCUGUCUUUGGUCAGUAGUUUAUUUGACCCAUAGUAAUGACAGUCUUUGAAAUUUUGUCCCAGUAUUUAUAGAGAUACUUAAAUCCAGGUAGAGGGGUUCUUCAGAGCUCAUAAACAAAAAGUUUGACAGUAAUGGUGGUGAUUUGGUACAGCGACCAAAUACCAUACUAUUAUAGUGAAUAAUUUGACUAUAGGUUGUCUUCUGUGUGUUCCCAUAGACUUGACUCUCUGUUUCACUCUCAUCCAGGUCAUGAUGUGAUAAGGUGGAAAGACGUCCUGCUAAAGCUGCGACAAACUAAAAGCUUCUUCACCACAAAUGGCGUGUCUCCAUUCUGCAGUAAGUGGUCACUGCAGACAUUAACUUAAUAACACCAUGAUAUCAGUAUAGAAAAAGGUAUUAAUUUUAUGUUAUCUCCAAAUAUGCACUCAUAUCUUUAGCUGAAUUCACACAUGCAUAAAACUCCUGGAAAUUUCUUAAAAUUCUCAACCCAAAUUCACCCAUACAUUCACCUGCCAUCUCUCUAGUAAAACUUCCACAAGUCAAGGUAGUCAAUGUGUGAGUGCAACAGAUAAAUUUAAUGCAAACAACUGGGGGGAUUUGUACCCUGACCCAGUGAUAUUGUGCAGGUGAUGAAACUGCUUCAUACUCUUUUGUUUGCUGGCAAAAUUAAUUUCCUCUUUAUUAAACUGAUUUUCAGUGACAAACUACAGAGUCGAGGUGGUUAUCUGGAACGAGGAUGUGCGCUGGGGAUAUAUCACUGUUAAACUUCACGGCAAUGAUGGAGAAGCAGUGGCAACUAUUGACCAGUAAGAGCUCAUUUUCUUGACCACUUUUUCUAAGCAGAUAUUUCAUCAUGACUUCUUGUUGUUUUGGAGUUAUCCUGUCUCAUUUAAGUGUUUUUAUUUUGAUUUUAGUACAGCGGCAAAAUUUCAGAAGUUCACAGAGACCAGGCUGUUCGCUCAUUUCAACAAAGACAUACAGUUGGUGAAAAAAGUGUCUCUCACGUUCUCCACUGGAAAUGUGUUCAAGCCAAAAUACAAGCUCCGGAUUCUCAGGGUCCGCCUCACCCAUCUGGAGCGGGAAGAGAGGUACCAGACAUUUACACACACAUACACACAUUUAUGUUUCAAAUCUUUUUUGACGUGCAUUUUAGUCUGGCAUUUUCUCUUUCUACCUCGCUUCACCUAUCUGUAAGUUUAUAGUAAUGUGACCUUUGCCCCCCUCACAGACCUCUCUGCCGAUACGACAUCCUUCUAAAAGAGAAUAAAGAGGUCACGUUCAGACCCAUUCUCUGUGAAGAAUCCAACUUUUGAGACUAAACCAGAUACCAAGUGGAAAAACAGAUCACUCCCUGAACUGAAAGAGGCUCAGAUGACUCUUCAAACCCCCUAGGAUUGAACAAAAAGCAGAGACUGGAAAAGUGGGAGAUCAGAUGCACAUAUUUGGCUCUGGUAUGAUCUGUGUGAAAUGUGAUAUGAUGUAUACAUCUUUAUAUAUGUUUUUGAGGGAAUAUAUAUACCUGUAUUUGUGUUUUUUAAACAACUGUUGCCAAAGAAAGGCUAUUUAUUUACAUUUCAGUCCAAAGGGGAACAGGAUUUUCUCUUUUUUUAACGAAAAAAACUUCUGUGGUUAUUCUCAAAUGACAUUUAUUUACAAUAUUUGUCAAUGAUGAACUUUGUGACUACUACAACAAAACAGGCUAGUUUUACAGGACAAGUUUAAAUACUUUUCAUCAUUUAACCAGAAAUAUGAGAGUCAUGAUGUUUUACAAUCAGUAAUAAUUAUUCCAGACUACAAGAAUACUUGUGGUAUCAUAAAUUUCUCAAUCAGACUGAAAAGGGAACAAGUAUUAACAGCUUUUUGUUUGUUUACUCUUUUUUUUUUCUUACAAAAAACUUCAGCCAUGUUCACGGUUCAUAUUCAACAAAACAAGAGUUUUUAAAAAUAUAUUUAUUUGUAAAUAUCGUUUCAUUGUUUUCUGUUAAUAAAAAUAUUGUGAGAAACAGUCAA